UCCCAUGGAUCAGCUCAUAGCCCGGAGACAAGCUGAAGCAAAUAAGCAACAUGUAAGAUGUCAGAAAUGCUUGGAAUUUGGACAUUGGACUUAUGAAUGCACAGGAAAAAGAAAAUACCUACACAUGCCCUCAAGGACAGCAGAACUAGAGAAAGCUUUAAAAGAAAACAUAUUAUUAUUACAACAAAGGUCUAAGAGUGUAACCAGUUCCAGUAGCAGUAGCUGUGACAGUUCUGCAAGUGAUUCUUCACCAGAGAGUGAAGAAACAUCUACCUCUUCCUCCUCAGAGGACAGUGACACUCAUGACAUUUCCUCUAGUUCCUCAGCCUCAGCCUCCUCCACAACCUCUUCCUCCUCCUCUGAUUCAGACUCAGAUUCCAGCUCUUCCAGUAGCAGCAGCACCAGCACAGAUAGCAGCUCUGACGAUGAACCACCAAAGAAGAAGAAAAAGAAAUACAGUUGCUCCAUCCAUAUUGGACCAAUGGACUGA